UUCAGUCAUCAGACUGCAGCGAUGGCAUCUUCUGCAGAUGUACACGUCCGAAUAUGUGAACAAGAAAUCAUCAAGUAUGAUUUAGAAAUAAAAGCUUUGGUUCAGGAUGUCAGAGAAUGCACAGGACCACAAAGCAAACUGACAGAUUUAAAUUUACAAGUAAAAGAAAAAUUUUGCAAUCUUAGACAACGUAUUCAGGAUCUUGAGCAAAUGGGAAAGGAACAGGACAAAGAGUCUGACAAGCUGACCCUACUCAAUAAAGCAGAAGGACAUCGGAAACAGAUGCUUAGUAAUCAGACGGCUUGGAGGAAGGCCAAUCUCGCCUGUAAACUCUCCAUUGAUAAGCUGGAGAAGGAGGAUUUAUUAAAUUCAGAGGACAUGUCGAUAAGACACAGAAAGAUGACCAAAGAAAGCCUCGCUCAGACCUCCAGUGGCAUAACAGAGAGUCUGAUGAGCAUCAGCCGGAUGAUGGCACAGCAGGUUCAGCAGAGCGAGGAGACCAUGAGCACAUUAGCGACGUCUUCCAGGACAGUGCAUGAAACUAAUGAAGAGUUUAAAGCCAUGACAGGAACUAUACAGCUGGGCAGAAAGCUGAUCAUUAAAUACAAUCGACGGGAACUGACAGACAAGCUGCUUAUUUUCCUCGCUCUCGCGCUCUUCCUGGCUACGGUCUUGUACAUCCUGAAGAAAAGACUUUUUCCUUUCUUUUAAAUACAGACCAAAGUGUGAGCAAUGAAUAUGAUGCAUAAAUGAUAAAAGAAGAGCACCUACAAGCCGUAAAAACUUUUUGCUUUCCUUGUGAAACUGUUGAUCAUGUCAUGACAAUAUAUAUAUAUAUAUAUAUAUAUAUAUGACAAGUCAAAAUAUAUACAGUAUAUGAUAAAGUCAUGUGAUGUGUUACUGUUGACUGACCAAACUAUGAAAACUUGUGUUAUCAUUUUGUAGGUGUCAUACGUUAUUUUUUAUACCAUAACACUUUUUGCGCUUAACUAUAAUGCUUCAUAUAUAUAUAUAUAUAUAUAUAUAUAUAUAUAUAUAUGAUAAUGGUAUUAUUAAGAGUACAAUAAAGAGUAAUUUUGUAAAGUUAGACCUGUUACGGCAAAAAUCUUGCAAAAGAAGUGAAUUAUGAAUAAAAUGUCUUCAUUUUAAAAUGUUUUACAGUGUAAACUGAUGAUUAUUUCUUAUGAGAAACCUGGAAUUACUCAUUUUGUAUCAUGGGUUUUUAAUUAGUGAUGCAGCUAAAAAAAAAGUAUCUAAUUGAGUCUUGUAUAUCAAAGUUUUAUAGUUUGGAAAGCCUGAAAGUAAUGUAUUCACACACAGUCAAAAUAGUUUAUGAAUAUGAAUUUCCAUCUAUUUUGUUCAAAACAAUUUUAUGUGCACUGCUGUUCAAAAGUUAUAUUCUCUAUACACUGUAAAAAAGAAAAAAAAGUUGAGCCAAUGUAAAAUUUUAAGGCAACCAGCUUCAGCAGAUUUUUGAGUUUGCUCAAAAUUUUGAGUUGCCUUAAAAUUUUAAGUUGGCUCAACUUUUUUUUUUUUUUUUUUUACAGUGUAGGAGAAAAAGUAAGUCACUUCUGCUCACCAAGGCUGCAAAAAAUUCAGUAAAAACAGUACUAUUGUGAAAUAUGAAAAACUGUUUUUUGCUGAAUACGUUAAAAUGUAAUUUAUUAUAUUAUGUGGUGGCAAAGCCAAAAAAAAUUUCAGCAUCAUUACUCCAGUCUUAAGUGUCACAUGAUCCUUCAGAAAUCAUUUUAAUAUACUGAGUUGAAAAAAGUUGUGCUGGAAAUGUUUUUUUUUUUUUUUUGUAUUUAUUAACUUAUUUAUAUUUUUGAUGAAUAGAAAGUGAAAACAUAAAUGUCUUUACUGGCUCUUUUGAUCAAUUUAAUGUGACCUUGCUGAAUAAAAGCAUUAAUUACCAACUCAAGUUGUGUGUUUUGCUCUGCAUUGCAUCAAUUUAAUUUCUCAUUUGUAUUACAUACAGUUAAAUCUAAUUCAAGGUUUAUUUUUAUGAAAACUACUUUUGUAAUGCACUUUUUAGGAUAAGCCUUCAUGGUUGAACCGUCAGUGUUGCCACCAGCCCUCAGUUUUUCAGUUUCAUGCCUCCAGCUGAACUAGAUGCUGGAGGCUGUCACAUGGACACCUACAGUAUGACAGGCAAUUUAGGUGAGUUAAACUCACAUCCCGGGCAGCAGUGAAGCAGCAGCUGUUAUGCAGGGCAGGACAGAACCGGAGUAUCGCAGGGGGAAAAGCUCAGAAAAGCUAUGGCCAUAAUCAGAGCUCCGCUGAUAAAGAGGCAUGCGACCCUGUCUUUCCUCCGAUAAGACCCGGAAAAGCUGAUUAUUCCAUCCCUGGUCUCU